AUGGACAAGCGUGCGGAACACGUGAGGAAAUUGCCUCCGUUGGCCUCGUCCGAAGAUCUCAGUGAGGAUUUAUUAGACAGCCCGGAAGCUGACGCCAAAAACAAAUGUUUGGAAGACAUCGAGGAAGUGCCGAACACGCCGGCCAAGGCGUCAAGACAACAGACGAUAUGUUUGGCGAUGCCAAACACCCCCAGGAUAGACAUCUCUCGAGCCAGCAGUUCUUCGCAUCACGACGACAGUAGUCCCGAGAGAGACUUGUUUGUCGACGCUGACGGAAAAUCCGUUGAAUCUGUAAAAUCUGGUCUAGGAUAUACGGAAGAGAUUAUACCUGACCUCCAUAGCAGUACUGAAGAAUUAAACUUUCACGACUUAACUGAAUCGGAAAUCAGAAGGCGGCGGUCAAAACUGCAGCCCCAAUACGCGGUUUCUGACGCGACUAUGGAUACAGAUUUUGCUGCUGAUCGAAGAGAUACAGCUAGCGAAUCCGGUUUCCUGUGCAUUAGUGGUCGUAGUAGCCGAGUUUCUUCAGUAGGAUCAGUACACUCCACUGCCUCCAUAGCUUCUGCAGCAUCGCGUUUGUCUGCUGCGUCGAAUUAUUCCAGAGCUUCCAGAGGUUCAUCACCACAUAGAGUUCUUUUGGAGACAUCGUUUUGUGGUCCAAAAUCACCAGAACACUUUGCAAAUCGCCAACUGAUUCCUAUCAACGACGACGACGACGAUCUAAGUGAACCAACUGUCAGACCAAAAUUAGCAGACAUUGAAACUCAGACAGAACAAAGACCAAAAAAAGUGCACGUAGAAUCUGUCAAAAAAGAAAUAAAAAACGAUCAAGUUAAAGCAAAAGUAAAGAAAACUAAAUCAAAAGAAAUAAAAGAGGUUAAAGAAAUACAAGUGGUUAAAGAAAUAAAAGUUACAAAAGAUCUGGCCAUGGAAAAUGAAUCAAAAGAAAGAAAAACAAAAGCAAAGCCUACUUCAAAAGUAAAAGUCGUACUAGAUAACCCCAAGACACAAAAAUUUGUACCAUUAGACAGUCUCGAUGACGACGACAUAGAAAUAAUUCAGGGUAAUGCACCGAAACAAGUCCCAACAGCUAUACCAAGGGAGAAGUCAUCUCGUCCAAAAAUAACUACAGGAGAAAAUCAAAUUUACAUUCCAUUAAACCCUGAUCCGACCGAGCAAGGAUCUGGAAACCCUACUAGUCCAAAACGAUUAAAGCCAUUCACAAAUCGGACAUUAGUGGAUUUCAUCAAUAGAGAUCCGGCAACUAUCGAAUCUUCUAAAAGAAUAAGGAGACCAAUUAGAUCAGGCUCUCCAGGAAUCAGAGAAGAGUUUAAAAAGUUCAUAUCAAGCACAGAUGAAGAGGCUGAUGGAGCUCCGAUACAACCUGUAAAGUUAAGAAAACAAAUGAGCGUUGAAAUGACAAAAAGAAAGUCUAUAGAUCAAGAUUGCUCUUCCAGAUCCAUGUCGCCGUCAAUAUUUGAAGAGUUUCAAAAGUUUAUUUCUGAACCAGAAGAUGGAGAUAUAAAUGUUACAAGACUUGAAACAAAAAAUCGUUGUUCGGCCAUUUCCAUUACGAGCCGUGAAGUACAAUCUGUAGUUGGGGCGGGGCUAACAGAUAGUCCCAAUCUUGGAAGAUCGUUAUCUCCGUCAAUACACGAAGAAUUUCAUAAAUUUAUGGCACAACCAGACGAUGAAGAAAAAGGUAUCAUACAUAAAACAUUACCUCACACAGCAUACAAAAACCCUAUUGAAGGUAGUCCUUCAUUGUCGACUUCAAGUAACAUUCGUUCGAUCUCACCAAGUAUUUAUGAAGAAUUUCAAAAAUUCAUUGUAGAACCAGAAGGUAAUGAUGAUUUACUACCAGCACCACCACCGAGAAAACACGAUAAUGAUUUACACCCAGAUGAAGUUUCCUGUAGUAGAUCUAUAAGUCCAGGGAUUCUAGAUGAAUUCCAAAAGUUUAUAAGUGAACCAGACGACGAUUCGUCAGGUAGAAGAAUAUGUGAUCCUGCGCCACCAGCAAAAAGUCAACAAAUGAUUAAAGUCCAAGUACAUUGUACACCUGGAAGUCCACCGCCGGAACAAAUAGUCAUAAAAAAUUCAGGAAGACCUAAAUCUGACGAUCUAGUGAAAAUCAUACCACUUAAAAGCGAAGACGACGAUUCAGGUCAGCUACAAUCUGUCUCUUCAUCGCAAGCUCAGAUCCUCAGGAGGCGUUCCGAAUCUUCCAAGGAAGCCAGGCCGAAAACCGGUACAAUGGAUAAAUCUAAGGACCGUAGAGGAUCAAGUCGUUCGCUGUUGGGAUCACUUCUACACCGAGCUAGCAGUUUUAGAAGUAUUAACAAGAAAUCUCCAAAACGAUCUAGCGCGUCGGAGUUUGUUGAUAUUGAUCCGAAAUUCACUAAUGUAGAGUUCAAAUUUAAUCAAGAUAUAGAAAAGGAUACGGUUAUAAUUCCAUUGCACUCCCCUAAUGAUAGUUUUGACGAACUCGUUGUAAGCGAUUCAGAUUCAAAUAUCACAAGGGCAGUUGUUCACGUUUCAUAUGAACCUAAGCAAGUAGAAAUAGAAACCGUGUCGAAUAAAAAAAUAUUCGACGAUUUGGUAACGCACCAUAACAAAGUGCUAGUAGAAUCAAUGGACAAAGUUAAUGUUGUUGAUGAUACCGUUCAAAAUAUUCAAAUCAUCAAAGAUGACAUUUGGAACAGUAACGAAAUUGGUGAUUGCAAAAUUACAAAUAAUUUAGUGAAACUCGAAGAGUCGUCAUUAUCACCCGGAUUCAGUAGAUCACAAGAUCCGGUGCACUCGGCCAACAGCAACGAUACGUCACCAGACUCGGAAGUGAUGUCGUCGCUUUCGAUCGCUGCCACGGAAGAAGAGAAGAAGAAAUUAUUCAGCCACCCAAAUUCGGUGGAAGAAGAAUUGCCACAUGUUCCGACAACACUUCCUCUAGAAAGGUCGGUGGCCGUGCCAAUUAUACCGGUCAAGCAUCGGAUCGCCGAGACGAAGACUUGUUCGUUGGAUAGGCCGACUCCUCGGUGCAGCACACCCAGCGCCACCGACUUGCCUUCGGGACUAGGAACUUACGCCAUCGCAGCCGCGUUCGAAGACUCACCGGCUGUCGCCAGCAAAAUACAGAUCAUACUACCGAAAUUCAGUAAACCCUCAACCACCGUCCAGACACCGACCACCGAUCCCCCGAGGCGUCGCCGAGCCCGCAGCGUCAACGUGCCGAUGAGCUGCUCGCGAGGUCGCUGGGUGGAUUUCGACGACGACGACGACAACCUCAAGCGCGGCGGCGAGGCGUCGUUCAAGCCCAGGUCGCCCAAGAAGAUCACCGUUCUACCCAUGUCCAUGAGACCCCGUCGGCGAUCGUCGUCCACCCACGCGGAUCACAGCCGAUGUGGGUGCGACUGUCACCUGCACGGAGGACACGAAACAUGGCCAGCGGUCACCAGGAACAGGAGCGACACGACUUGA